UUGUAUGCAUGACCUCUAGCUCAAAAGGCUGAAGGGAAUUCUUAUACCAGCAAAACAAAAAACAAAAAAAAAAUGGUACAGGGUGUGUGCUACCGCACAACUAGAAAAACAGGAAUAUUUUACCAUACAACUAGAAUCAAAAAUCAAGCAUUCAGUAAAAAUCGUGGCAAUAAACAAACAUUACAUUUCCUGAAUGGAUGACAAUUAAAAGUAAAUAUGCUUUUGUUCUUAUUUUUGUUUUGUUUUCUCAUCAGACUGACUUUGAGACUGCUGCAGAAAAUGUUAAAAAGUUAAAGUCCAAGCCCACAGAUGAUGAACUAAAGGAGCUGUAUGGACUCUACAAACAGGCUACUGUAGGAGACAUCAACAUUGUGUGUCCUGGGAUAUUAGAUUUGAAAGGUAAAGCCAAAUGGGAGGCUUGGAACCUGAAGAAAGGUAUGUCAGAAGAAGAUGCCAUGAAAGCUUACAUUUCUAAAGCAAAUGAAAUUAUGCAGAAAUAUGGAAUGUAGAAUUCCCUCAAACACUUCACCUCCAAGUAGCUCAUGGGUACUUCAAAAACUAUGUUAUUAAUUUGAUUGUCUGGCAUAAAACUUAACCUGUAACAAGUUCAUUGUACACAUUAAGACAUUGAUUUGCUUGUUUACAAUACAUUUUCUAACUUAAUACAUAA